GUGUUCUGAAUUACUUGCAAAUUCACUUAAGUCCAAAGCUCCAGAGGAUGCAUUGCCAGCAAAAAAAGUAAAGAGACCUAAGAGAGGAGAAGCCAACCACAUACCUGACAUUCCAACUGGAGAGACCCCAGACAAGUUGGAAAACGAGAGACUGUUACUUCUAAGUGAGGUGAUGAAACGAAACAACCGUGCACUGAUAAAGGACAAAAUGGCCAAGACUUUUUCACUGCGGAGACAUGAAAUUGUGGAGAAGGAAUUAGGAGUGGAGGACUUAAAAGUCAGAUGGCCCGCAUUGUUCUCAAUGGAUGAGAUCAAUGCUGAAUUCAUGAGGAUUACAACUGUUCCCCUUCAACCGCGGUUCCUGGCUUCCUUGGACAAGCACCACAGCAAGAUGAUUGAUAUCAUCAGAAACAAGGGAGGAGCUGUCAGAGAGAAGACCCGGAACAUACUGAGACUUUUGGAUCAGAGUCUUGAGGUAAAUGUAAAGAGAGAGUGCCUGCUGAAGUCUCUUAUUGUGUACCUUGGGGAGGAUGUGGACAAACUUAUCAAGGAGUAUCUGGUUGCUCAGAAGGACCAAGCUGAAACGGAGCUCGAGAGGUGUACAAUGGCAGUGUUUGUUAUAAGGGAGGAGGAGGAUCCUCUCCAGCCACCACAGGAUGUUGGGGUUGUAAUAGAAGGCGUGGAAGUCCUUAACAAGCUGCCAUCAGUUACACAUGCAUGGGCCAUGUUAUUUGGCCUCAUCUACGCUCUAAACUUGAGCUAUCCAGGUGAGCUCAAAUACACUUUUGAUGCGCUGCAGAAAAUCUUCAUGGAGAUUGAACCAAAGACAAUGAGUGUCAAGCUCUAAAGAAUGGAUUAUUCGAAGAAACAGACAUUUGGAUACAGCAUGUUUUUGUUCUGUGUUCUAGCUUGUAUUCACAAACCUUGCAGGAGAAUGAAAGGGGUCAUUGUUAAAUGUAAAUAAGAGACACAUACUUCAUUUACAGAAUUUUUCUCAUUUUUUUGUGGAAACCCAUGUCUGGUAACAUAACACUGUCAGUGUGGUUCUGGUGGAGUUGUCAAGUUAAAAAAAAAGAAUAGAAGUUCAACAAAUUGAGAAAUUAAGAAUUUGUUCUGUAAACGGUGAAGGAAAAAGUAGACUUGCAUGGAAAACAUCACUUUGUGUGGUGAAUGUUAAUUUCUAAAAUGUCUUCUGGUACAAAAGACAAAAGGAUUGCAAUCUGUUUUCAAGUGUCAGAAGCCUAGUGGGGUUUUAGAGAAUAGUAAAAGCUAAUGUGGACCGUGGUAAUAUACAGCAAUUAUGAGAACAUGACUGCUGCUGUUCAUAGUUUGCACCACCAGCAGUUGAACUGUAUUUU